ACAAUUGAAAUAGUAGAUAAACAUUUGAAAUUAUAAAUAACUUAACAUGAUAAAACUAAUCCAGAAUUUUUCUAUUGAAAUAUUAACCAAAUGUGAGAAAGGACAAUGAUAUUCGUAAAUACAAUUAUAAAUUUAACUUCAAAGAUUAUGAAAAAGAAAAGAUAUUUAUCAGUGCCACUUGUAAGCUGCAAUGCAAAUAGAUAUUCUCAUACUGACAUGCCAUUACCAGAUUUUAAAGAACGCGAAGCAGAAUUAAAGAAAAACAAAGAAAUAGUUCAUUCAAAUGAAGAUCAAAAAUGUUUAAACUAUGCCGCAUCCUUUGUGGCCGGAGUUGCUUCUAUGUAUACUUUCAAGUCGCAUCUCUUACAUUACAUAAUGUUUUUGGCACCAUCUCGAGAUGUAAUAGCAACGGCUCAAACAGAAGCAACGUUGAGUAACAUACCAGAAGGAAAAGUUGCUACUAUAAAAUGGCGAGGAAAGCCAGUUUUUAUUUAUCAUAGAAUGCAGGAUACUAUCGAACAAGAAAGAGAUGUUAAUUUGUCAAUUUUGAGAGAUCCUCAAACCGAUGAAGAAAGAGUUAAAAAACCUGAAUGGUUAAUCGUCAUUGGAGUUUGUACUCAUUUAGGUUGCAUACCUAUUCCUAAUGCUGGUAUCAUUCCGGGAGGAUUUUUUUGUCCUUGCCAUGGUUCACAUUUUGAUGGAUCUGGUCGCAUACGGAAAGGACCAGCACCUACUAAUCUUAAUGUUCCUGAAUAUAAGUUUAUUAACAAUGACACAGUAAUUAUCGGUUAAGUAAUUACAUCGGCUCCUUAUUCAUGUCAAAGAAUUCAUAUUUAAAGAAUUAUUUCUAAGUUCUUAUAAUAUAUCUAUUAAUUUUAUAACAAAAAUAAUAAACAAACAAUUUUAUACUCUUAAAUAAUUUUGAAAAUUAUUUAAGGCACUUUGAUGAUAGUAAUUCUACGAUUUUUAAG